CGAUUUAUCUGGAUCUUCAUUCAAAGUCCCACAUUAAGUAGCGUACCCCUCCUUGGUAAGUUUUACAAUCUGAUGGUUCUACAAUUCAGACUCCUAUUAUUAUUAACCAAAUAUUCGUGUUUUGUUGAUAUAGGGGCAGGUACUAGUAAAAUAUUAUUUAGUUAUUAUUUAAUAAACUGUAUAGUAAUAAUAGUGGGUAAUAUAAAGUCAUUGCCUGGC